AUGUCACCUUACAAAUUGGUUUAUGGCCAUGAUGCUAUGCUCCCAUUGGAAAUCAAUUUGAAUACUUUGAGGGUAUCAAGACAGAAUGAAUUGCCAGUCGAUGAUUACUGGAAUGCAAUGUUUGAUGAGUUGAAUGAAUUAGACUCAGAGCGAAUAUUGGCACUUGAGAAUAUGAUUCGACAAAAAGAAAGUGUUGCUCGAAAUUAUAAUCGUCGAAUAAGAGAACAGUGUUUCAGUAUAGAGUGUGGGAUUGGAGCCGGAAGUUCAAAGGCAGAAUUCAAAAGAUCGUACAAAAGCUUGUUGAGAGUUGCAUCAUUAAUCCAUGCAGUAGGUGGAUGGUCCAAGAGUUUAAGAAGUGAUCGAAGUUAUUCUCGAGCAUUAAUAUUCAGCUCGAACGAAGAACCAGAUGAAGAAGGACCAAGGAGUAUAGGGACAGGAAUAGGCACUUCGUCUUCUUGGAUAGCCUGA